AUGGCAGACUCCGAAGACGGCGAUUUUACCUCUCUGCCGCUCUCCGAAAGAUUGGAUCACAAGCUAUGGAAGGCGCGCCUGCACGGGUACCAGGAGCUGCAGGCGCUGUUCCAAAAAGCUUCUGUGACAUCUGUCCCGCGGGAACUCGCGCAGUAUUGGGCCAACCCUGACUUGUUCGCCGGCUAUAUUGUGGACUCUAAUGUUGUAGCACAGGAGCAAGCGAUAACAGCACUGCAAAAUAUGCUUGAGUAUCUAUGCGAGUUCCGGGAUACGCCGCGCUCAGACGAAAUGCGUGGGCGCUGGCUGCCGUUACUGGCCGAGAAAGGCCUCAGUUCAUCGCGUAACUCGACAAAGGCCAAAGCCCAGGAAUGCGUCCUUAUCUUAGUAUCGCUCGAUCGGUCCGUGGAACACUCUAUCGAGCUUUUGGAGCCUUCACUCACCAAUAAGCUCCCCAGGCUUGUCGCUAACUGUGUCGAAUGCAUAUCUAAUAUUGUGGAGAGUUUUGGCCUGGCACAAGUUAGCAACAUGUCCGGGUUUCUACCUGUUCUGCUUGAACCCCUGCCGAAACUUUCUAGUCAUGCCGACCGAAACGUUAGGUCUCAAACCAUGAAUCUCAUCCUGCAGCUUUACAAGUGGCUAGGUCGGGACCUACUCCAGGAACUGCUGUUAGAAAAGUUGAAGCCUAUCCAGCAGCGUGACCUCGACAAGACGUUUGGCAAAUACGACGGCGAGAUCCCUCCAACCUCCCAACCGCGUCCAUUUCAGUGGCAGAAGGGGCUCGAAGUUCAAAAUUUAGAAGGUAGCAAAGACAAGGAUGGUGACACCUUGAUGGGAGAGUCUUUUCCUGAUGUCAAAGCUCACGCAAAUCCUGGACUUCCUCAGCUUGACCCUUUCGAGCUCCUGCCAGUUUCGCCGGUUCUCGAAAAAUUUCCGCUCGAUUUCAUGGAAAGAAUAACAUCAUCCAAGUGGAAGGAUCGUGUUGAAGUUCUGGAAGAAAUACUCAACCAAGUUCUGAUUCCAACCAAGAAAUUUGAGGCCAAGGGCCAGGACUACAGUGAUUUUUUGAGGGCUGUCGCUCAUGUAAUAGAGAAAGAUGCAAAUGUUCAAGCGGUUACACUGGCAGCACAAUGCGUCCAGCAAUUAUGCCAGAAGCUGAAAGCAAACUUCACCAGGAGUUACGGCUCCAUUGUGCUGAGAUCACUGCUCGAGCGGUCCAAAGAGAAGAAGGCUUCGGUGAAUGAAGCGAUUUGCGAAGCACUCAACAAUAUUGCCGACUGCUGUGGUGUAGAUGCUUGCCUCGAAGACAAUUUGAGCUUUAUUAACCACAAAACUCCCCAGGUUCGAACAGAAAGUACUAGGUUUCUGACGCGCCUUCUGAAAAAAUGGACGCCUGAAGGUCGCCACUUUGGCGAUGAGCUGCUCAUCAAAUUAGUACCUGAUAUUUCACAAAUGCUACUUAAAAUCGUUGGAGAUACUCAGCCAACAGUACGUGACGCCGGGUUCGAGUGCUUGGCUACCUUAAUGAAGCUCGUUGGAGAGAGAGAAGUUUCUGACGUGCUGGACAAGCUUGACAAUUUAAAGAAGAAAAAAGUCUACGAACAUUAUGAGAAAGUCGAGGUCGCGGGUGGUGCCACAAAGGGUGCCGUCACAUCGGCUCCUGCACGAAGGGAGAAGCCCUCGAUGCCUUACACUCCCAACGCGAGCCGUCGCCAAGCGCCGCGCACGACUCCUACACCUGACUUGAGUGCGCAGGCAACCAGCGGAAGCACCUUGCCGCUUCGGAAACCGCUGUCGACAAUACCUUCCAAGAGAGGCCCUUCAUCGCCUCUAAAGACAGGCACUCGAGUGGAAACUUACCAAGAUGGAGCGUCGUCCAUGAAAUCCAGACUGACGGCGCGUUCCUUGACUACUGACUCCGCACCUGCCUCGAAACCGCAGGCAGCGCCUCAUGCAGGAUUCGAAGAACUUCAAAGACAGAAGCAAAAGUGGCUUAAAGAGCGCCAAGAAUUUUUGGCCACCAUCACAGACUUCCAAAACAAGGCUUCGCAUUUGAGCUCAGAAAAUUCUUCUUUACGACAGCAGUUGGACACCGUUCAAUCCAGCUUACACGAAAGCAACAUCGAGCUGCGAUCAAAGGAAAUGCAGAUUACUCGUCUUCAAGAUCGGAUAUCCAACCUAGAGCAGGAGUUAGAAGCCAAGUCAACCCUGCCCUCUUCCAAUUACGGCGUUCGGUCGGCUUCCUCAUUCGAACCUCCGUCGGCGCCGCUAUCUUUAGCACCACCUGGGACCCCGCCAACCAAAAGAGUUUUCUCCUCCUCAUCUAACGGCCGCGCUUCGCCAUCGUUCGACGCAAAUUCAGAUAGGAUUGCAGACAGCCGUCUACCGAGCGUCGGUAGUAGACUGAGGUCCCCGAGUGAAUGUAGCGACGACUUGCCUCAUAGAGUAAACUCCUUGCAGCUGCGUUCCGCGGAGCGUGCUGCCACGACCGGCAAUAGCUUUUUGAAUGACGAAAGCUGGAAAAGAGCGGCUGAGGUAACAUCGCAACUAAAGGCUAGGAUAGAGCGCAUGAGGGCUAAGACACGGGGUAUGGGUAAUUCGUGA